AUGCACCCUCCGGCAUCUGUGAACUCCGGUGGAGAAACUCCCGAAAAUACUGAUGAUCCCUCAACGGUCAGAACUUAUCGUGCUUGGAAAGGCAAUAAUAUAUUUUUUCUUCAAGGGAGGUUAAUGUUUGGACCUGAUGUGAAAUCUCUGAUUAUAACAAUAUUUCUGGUUGUUGCACCUGUUGCUGUUUUCUGUGCUUUCGUAGCUAGAAAAUUGAUGGUUGAUUUUCCUCAGCAUUUUGGAUAUUCAAUCCUGAUUCUAGUUAUUAUCCACAUUGUUCUGAUUGCCCUUCUAAUGACCUCAGGAAGAGAUCCUGGCAUAGUGCCUCGCAAUUUGUAUCCUCCUGUACCAGUCGAAUACAAUGAAAGUGUCGGUAUCAACAUCGAACCGAAUCAUCCACCACGGUAUUUACCACGAUUCAAGGAAGUAAUUAUCAAUGGGAUAACUGUUAAAGUAAAAUACUGUCAUACCUGCAUGCUGUAUAGACCUCCCCGAUGUUCUCAUUGCUCAAUAUGCGAUAAUUGCGUGGAGCGACGUGAUCUUCACUGCACGUUGCUGGGUCAGUGUAUUGGACUGCGGAAUUAUCGAUCCUUCUACGUGUUUAUUUUCUCUAUGACGCUUCUUUGCCUAUAUAUUCAUGGAUAUUGCUGGGUCUACAUCAAGGGAAUCCAAGUCUCGGAAGAGAUAUCAAUCUGGGAAGCAAUGAAGAAAACCCCUGUUUCCAUUGCACUAAUAGUAUACUCCUUAAUUUCUGGCGUAUAUGUUGGAAUCCUCACUAUUUUUCAUACCUAUCUAAUCAGCACAAACCAGACUACGGAUGAAAAGAUUGGAUACCGGUCUGAUCCACAAAUCUCUUAUGACAAAGGGGUCAUUGAGAAUUUCAAAGAAGUGUUCUUCUCUUCGAUUCCUCCAUCCAAAAACAAUUUCAGGUCUAAAAUUCCAAUUCCUAAAGAACUAUCAGAAUAUGGCAAUGCUACUGAUUUGAGCAGGAUGCUUCAUACAGAGAGCGAGCAUAGACAAGUUGCUAGCAAAAAGUUAGAAAUAAAUCUUGAAGUUCAGGACAAGAUACAUGAUAAUGAAUCAAAUUGGAUCACACAUGAUAAUAGUAAUCAUCCGGCUGAAUAUUCAGAAAAGCACUACUACAAAAAACACAUUUAA